GAGGAGGCGUGUAUAUCUUUAAACCGACUAAUCCCGCUGUCCUCAAUCUGUGCCUGUGUCUGUUCUGGAGGAGGCGACAGGAGGAGGAGGAUCAGUCGCUGCGGCUCCUCUGUGACCAAACUUUGACAGAACAACGACAACAAACAGGUUGAAACGACAGAAAACUUCAGUGGUUUUUGUUUUAUUUUCAACCUCAGUCGUUGUUAAACCAUGACGACUUUAUUCUGGGUUAAUCCUUAAUCCUGCCACGGCCAUGAGUGCUGCGGAACACUCUGGACCCAACUCCAACAAACUGGAGUCGGUGAUUCAGAGGCUGGAGGAGAGCGUUUUGUCUGAGGAGAAGAGGUUAACGGUCCGGGGCCCUUCACCCGACGCCCCCCCCACAUGUCUGCCAGCACGAGUGCGAGAGAUCGUCACAAAGAACCUCAGUGAGAGCUCGACGGCGGCCAUGUCCUCGGUCAUGUCCCUGCAGGAGGAGAACCGCGUGCUGCAGGGGGAGCUGGCGAGGCUGGAGGAUCUGCUGGCACACAGCAGAGCGGACCGCGACGAGCUCGCCAUCAAGUACGGCGCCAUCAGUGAGAGGCUGGAGCAGUCGCUACGCUUUGACACCGCAGACGGGGACCAGGACUCGCCGGAGUCUCGCAGCCUGGCUCAGCAGAACGUGGAUCUCCGUAGGCGGCUGGAAGAGGAGCAAGCCGCCUACAAGCGGAAACUCACCGCGUACCAGGAGGGUCAGCAGAGGCAGGCGCAGCUCGUGCAGAAGCUGCAGGCCAAGGUGCUUCAGUACAAAAAGAAGUGUGUGGAUGUGGAGCAGAUGCUGCAGGAGAAGUCGUCUGAACUGGAGAAACACAGGCCGGGAACAUCGAACGGUCGCCAUCAGGAAGAGACGAGCAGCAACCUGGAGGACGCUCUGAUCCGUCUGGAGGAAGAACAACAGAGGAGCAGCAGCUUGUCUGCAGUGAAUGCGAUGCUCAGGGAGCAGUUGGAGCAGGCGGGUCUGGCCAACGAGGCUCUCAGCCAGGACAUCCGCAGGCUCACCGCUGACUGGACAAAAGCCAGAGAGGAGCUGGAGCAGAAGGAGUCUGACUGGAGGCGAGAAGAAGAGUCUUUCCACAGUUACUUCAGCAGUGAGCACAGUCGUUUGCUGAUGCUAUGGCGACAGGUGGUCGGGUUCAGGAGGCAUAUCUGUGAACUGAAGAGCGCCACCGAGAGAGACUUGUCAGAAAUGCGCAACGAGCUGUCUCGCGUGUCCCACUCCGCUCAGGUGUCGUGUGCAAGUCUGUCCACCGCGCUGCACAGCCGCGAGGGAGGAGCGGCGCUGGUUCUGGAGCGGGAGAAAGCUCUGAGGGUUCAGCUGGAGCAGCAGCUGAGGGAGCGGGUGACGGAGAUGAUGAGACUUCAGGCCACGACAGACACGGAGAGAAGUGAGCUCAGUGCCAGGUUAUCGGAUUCAGUGCGAGAGGGCGAGAGACUAAAGGGCCAAAUGGAAGAGCAGGAGAGAGAAAGUGCAGCACUGAUGAGAAGGCUUGAGGAGCAGAGCGGCAGCGAUGAGACGGUUGCAAUACGAGCGAUAUGA